GUGGGGAAGAUUCACAUGAUAGUGAAUAAGAUUUGGAGAUUGGGGGAUAAGUCUACAUUCAUUGAUGUUUAUGAGGUGAAUGACAACACUGUCAAAUUUCGCAUUCGAAAUGAGAGUAUGCGAAACAGAAUUCUAAACCGUGGUAUGUGGAACAUUAUGGACAUUCCAAUGAUUGUCUCCAAAUGGACUCCUUUUGCGGAGGAACAACCAGCAAUGAAAUCAAUACCACUUUGGAUCACGCUUAAAAACGUUCCUCCAUCAAUGUUUACACACAAAGGACUUGAAUUCCUUUCAAGUGCAGUGGGUAAACCUAUAAGACUUCAUCCUAAGACAGAGGCAUGUGUUACGUUUGAGGAAGCACAAAUUCUAGUUGAGGCCGAUCUUACUAAAGAGCUCCCUCAAGAGUAUUUUCUUACGGGCGAAGAGGAAGGUGAACUUGAUACGAUCAUCAUGUACUCUUACCCUUGGUUGCCUCCGCGAUGUAUCUGCUGCAAGAAAUGGGGACACGCUUCCUCUACUUGCUUAACUAAACCAAGAGAAGUUCAAACCGCUCCUGGUUCUAUAGUUGCCCUGACUAAUGUCCAAGAGAUUAUUCCAGAAGUAGUUAGUGAAGUAGCUGUGCUUCCGUUAGACACUGUUAUUGUCGAACAAGUCGAGCGCCCACAGGUGGAAGAACAGAACGUCACUGUGAGAGGUGAAGAGGAGUGGACCACUCCUAAAUCUUCAUGCAGCCCAGGGAAAUCAACCGAAAGUUUCAAGUUUGGAGAGCUAUCUAUUCUCUCGAACUCCUACUCUGUUUUGGAGGUGGAGGGAGACAAAGAAGAGGAAGACAUGCCUCGGGAGGAGGAGAGUAUUCAGCUGCAUUCCGUGAUAAAGAAGUGGGUGGGAGAGAAUGAGUUUCAAUUUGGUUGUUUACUUGAGACUCGGGUUAAAGAACGGAAAGCGCAGUGGCUGGGAGAUCAGCUCUUGCGUGACUGGACGAUGCUAACCAACUAUGAAUUUAAUUGCCGUGGGCGUAUUUGGAUCAUGUGGAGAGACACUGCUCGUCUCACUCCAUUUUUUAAAAGUGCCCAGCUUGUAACUUGCUCGGUACAGUUACAAGGACAAGAAGGAGAGUUUUUUUGUUCUUUUAUCUACGCUUCUAACUGCCCGGCAGAGCGUAAGGAGCUGUGGAGAGAUUUGAGGGAUCACUGCGAUUCCACAAUUAUCAGAAAUAAGCCUUGGAUGAUUUUUGGUGAUUUUAAUGUGACUUUGGCUAUGGUGGAGCAUUCACGUGUUGAUGUUACUCCGGAGAUCACGGCUGCUAUGCGAGAUUUCCAAGAGGUAGUAAACGAUUGUUCUCUUCAGGAUAUGAGUUUUCAAGGACCUCUAUACACUUGGUGUAACAAAAGAGAAGAUGAUCUUAUUAUGAAGAAGUUGGACCGGGUCAUGGUAAAUGAUAAGUGGCUCCAGGCUUUCCCUCAUGCCUAUAAUGUUUUUGACGCUGGUGGUUGUUCUGAUCAUCUGCGGUGCCGCAUUAUGAUUAAAGGAGACAAUGACAAUGCUGUUCGAAGUAGGAAGCUUUUCAAGUUUGUGAAUGUUUUGACAGAAAUGGAGGAGUUUAAACCGUUGGUGGAGAAUUAUUGGAAGGAAACUGAGUCUCUGUUCUUAUCUACUUCUACAUUAUUCCGUUUCUCAAAGAAAUGUAAAGGUUUAAAGUCGUUACUUCGGAGUUUGGCCAAAGAGAGGCUGGGACACUUGGUGAAAAAGACGAAGGAAGCUUUUGAUCGUCUUUGUCUAAAACAGGAAGCUAACCUAUCUAAUCCUUCUGCAGUUUUGAUGGCGGAAGAAAAUGAGGCUUACCAGCGGUGGGACUUUGUUGCUGGAUUGGAGGAGAAAUUCCUUAAACAAACCUCGAAGCUCCAUUGGCUUCAGGUGGGGGAUAAAAACAAUAAAAUUUUUCAUAGAGCGGCUGCAGUAAGGAAAGCUAAGAACAAUAUCAAGGAAAUAAAGUGUCAAGAUGGUAGAUUGAUGGAGAAAGUCGAAGAGAUUAAGAUUGAGGCUGAGAGACAUUUCAGAGAAUUCCUACAAUUCAUUCCGUCAGAUUUUGUUGGUGUUGCUGUUGAUGAGCUUGAGGAACUGCUUCCGUUCCGAUGUUCAGAGGAGGAAAACCAAAUGCUUACGGCUGUAGUGACGGGAGAAGAGAUUAAGAAGGUGUUAUUUGCUAUGCCAAGUAAUAAGUCCCCCGGACCCGACGGUUACACCGCUGAAUUUUACAAGGCAACUUGGGGUAUUAUUGGAGUUGAAUUUACUCUUGCGAUUCAAUCUUUUUUUGCCAAAGGUUUUCUACCGAAGGGAAUUAAUUCUACUAUUCUUGCCCUCAUUCCAAAGAAUCAGGGAGCUUGUGAGAUGAAAGAUUACCGACCCAUUUCUUGCUGUAAUGUGAUUUAUAAAGUUAUCUCCAAGAUAAUUGCUAACCGCCUCAAGAAAGUUCUGCCUAAAUUUGUUUCCGGGAAUCAGUCCGCGUUUGUUCAAGAUCGUCUCUUAAUUGAAAAUGUAUUGUUGGCUAUGGAACUGGUUAAGGAUUAUCACAAGGAUACUAUUACCUCUAGGUGUGCUAUCAAGAUUGAUAUCUCCAAAGCUUUCGAUUCGGUUCAGUGGAGUUUUCUCUCCAAGAUCUUCACAGCUAUGAGGUUUCCACCAACAUUUAUUCAAUGGAUCAUUUUGUGUGUUUCCACAGCCUCUUUUUCGGUUCAAGUUAAUGGUGAAUUAGCAGGGUAUUUCCGGAGCUCAAGAGAGCAGAUUCGAAACCGUGUAAGUUCAUGGACUGUUCGCCAUCUCUCCUUUGCGGGUCGUCUAAAUCUGAUCAGCUCCGUUCUUUGGAGUACUUGUAAUUUUUGGCUGUCGGCUUUCCGGCUACCUAGAGCCUGCAUAAGUGAGGUUGAAAAGAUUUGUUCUAGCUUCCUAUGGUCUGGACAGGAAAUGAGCACUCAUAGAGCAAAAAUUUCAUGGGGAACAGUUUGUAAACCAAAACAAGAGGGUGGUCUCGGGCUUAGAUCUUUACAUGAGGCUAACAAUUACCGUGGUUUAGCAAAACCUCUUGCUAAAAUGGACGUGGGUGAUGGGAAUCACACCUCUUUCUGGUAUGAUGACUGGUCUCACAUGGGUAGAUUGGUCGAGCUUGUUGAUGCGAGAGUGGUUAUCGAUAUGGGAAUUGGUUGGGGGAAAAGUCUAGCGUGGGCGUGGUCUCGGCGUAGGCGUCGCCACCGGUCUGAUCUCUUGAACUCCAUUGAAGAAACGCUGUACCUCAAAAGUCUUACUCGCACGGAUCAAAGGGAUGUUGCUCUCUGGAAAGCUGCAAACGACUCAUAUAAGCCUCGGUUCUCCACUAAAGACACCUGGAAUCACAUUCGCACGGCUUCCAGUCGGGUAGCUUGGGGGAAGGGAGUCUGGUUCUCUCACGCUACUCCAAAAUUCACCUUUUGCGUGUGGCUAGCAGUACAUGACCGAUUACCAACGGGGGAAAAAAUGGUGAAGUGGUCUCGGGGUCUCUCGGGAAUUUGUGAGUUCUGCCAACAAGACGUGGAGACGAGGGACCAUUUGUUCUUUGCUUGCUCUUAUGCUUCUGAAAUUUGGGCUUCAACUGCUAAGGGACUCCUCCUUUCGCAUUAUACAACAGAUUGGACAAGACUCAUCGCUUUAAUCUCUACACCUCAUCAAGAUCGGGUUCAUACCUUUCUGCUACGAUAUGCUUUUCAAGCUGUUGUCUAUGGAAUCUGGAGAGAGCGGAAUUGUAGGCGACAUGGCAACGCCCCAAUACCACCACCUCAGCUUACGAAAAUGAUCGAUAAACAAGUACGAGAUCAACUUUCUUCAAUUCGGAAAAUGGGAGAUCUCCGGUAUGCAGCGGGUUUCCAAUUGUGGCUUCAAACUAGAACAUAA